AUGACUGUUAACACACCCCCUUCCAAGCUCCGAGUUGCUAUCAUAGGAGGUGGAAUUGCCGGUCUCGCAGCAGCGGGGUUUCUUCGGAAACACCCCCAGUAUAUCGUCACCGUCUACGAACUUCGAAGCGAAGAUUGGCAAGAGUCAUCUGCAGCGCUUGGGCUCCAGACUAACGGUACCUCUAUUGUCGAGCAACUAGGUAUCACCAGAAAGAAGAUUCGCGCAGACACGGGCUCUGGAUACCGUACAUAUAAUAUUCGAGAGGAGCAGAUGAGCACAGGGCGGGUAGAAUUCCGUCCAGAUGGGGAGACCGGGUUUUGGUUUGUGCAUCGACAGGACUUGAAAGAUGCGCUCUUGCGCAAGGUCACGGGUAUUGAUGGAGAAAGCGAACCGAUACAGGUGGUUUAUGACAGCCAUAUUGUGGAAAUUGAGCCAGAGCUUGGAAUCUUGAAGUUUGCAGAUAGACCAUCUGUCGAGGCAGAUCUGAUCAUCGGUGCCGACGGUAUUCAUUCCAAAGUCCGUGAAACUGUCAUUCCAUCUUCACAUCCAGGGCCUUCACUUUGUGGGCUUUGCGUAUAUCGCUUCGUCGUGCCCAUGGAUGUUCUCCGAGACAUUAAGGGUAAAAUGCCGGAGAUACUCACAUUCGAUGAAGGCAACUUCGUGGUCAUCAUUGCAGCCGGUGAUGAAGGGAACCGGAACAUUGUAAUAUAUCCAUGCCGCGAGCUUCAGCUUAUGAACUUUGUCUGCGGCGUCCCAGACACGAGUCCUCGAGUGUUAGCCCAGCUCAAAGCCACUGGUACCCACGAGAGCCUCGUGAAUGAUAUGGUAGAAGAAUUCGAAGGAUUCCCUGACUGGAUUCUGCAGCUUUUCAGGCGCACCACCUUGAUCGAGCCCUUCCCGGUGAUCGAUCAAGAGCCUCUGCCCACGUACGUGAAAGGCCGAACCAUGCUGAUUGGGGAUGCUGCACAUGCUAUGGCGCCGUACCAGGCACAGGCAACAAAUCAAGCUCUUGAGGAUGUUGAAGGCCUCAACGCGAUACUUGCGGAUGCUUCGAGCCGGGAUACCAUUCCAGAUCUUCUUAAGAAAUGGGAUAGCAUCCGUCGACCGCAUGCCUCGGUUGUUCAGAGCGACUCUCGGGAUUCGCAGGCUAAACUUUCUACAACGCAAUCGAGUGAUGCUUUCUUGGGGUUCAAGCCGUAUGUGCCCAUGAAGGAAAUACUUGCACGACUUUCGGCGCAAAAGGCGAGUGAAAUGAUUAGGUAG